AAUACAUUGUAUAGUAUAAAUGUUAGUGUAAAGUUGAGUGUAUACUGUGUAAAUUGUGUUAUCUAUUACAAUAAUCAGUGUAAAUGUCAUUUAACAGAAUCUUUAUUCCUUCACAGAAAUUUCAAAUCUUACUCUGAGUCAAGAGGAGUUGAGAAAGGAAAAUAGAGACAGAGAAAUAGCUUUUUCAGCUUCACUGAUGGAUUCUGGCCGUGGAUUUAUUGGUCCUUCUCUCAGUGAAAUCACACUGAUCUACAAGAACGUCUUCACAAACAUAGGGAACGCCUACAACCCAAUUACAGGUGUUUUCACAGCCCCACUGAAAGGAGCGUACAUGUUCAGAGUCUCUGUAUUUGGUCGUAAUGGAAUUGCAGCAGGUGCCUCCAUUUAUAAGAAUUUAGAGCGUAUGGUUUUGGCAUAUGCUAAUCAGCCUCAGAAUGAUUUAAACUCCUCAAAUGGAGUUGUGUUGAUCCUGGAGGUUGGAGAUGUUGUCUAUGUGAGACUUUGGCCUUUGGCGAAGAUAUUUGAUAGCGAGGAUAACCACAGCACUUUCAGUGGUUAUCUACUGUUUCCAUUAAGAUAACAGGAGCUUUGAAGAAUGUGAUUCCAAUAAUUCUGAACCUUCAGUGUAUGAUUUAAGAUGAAAAUCAUGAA